ACAAAAGAAAAAUAUUCAGGAGACAUUUCAUUUGUCAAAAAAAUUAACGAUAAAAAUAUACACCUUUUUGUAUUAAAUGUCUAUUUAUUAUAAAAACAGCAAAACCGAUAAAAUGAGUGCUCCAUUUUACAGCUUCGAUCCUUGCGUUUGCAGGGGGAUGCCAUGCGGCGCCUGCUACCCUUACAGCACUAAACCGUGCGCGGCUUCGCGAAACGACCUCAGCGUAUGCUCGGUAUGUCCUGGCGGAGGGUGCUCCCCUUGUCCAGCCCCAGUCAGACCGUGUCUAGCACCAUGCCCACAACCACCAGUUCUACCAUGUUUACCUCCGUGCCCACCUUGCGAUAAGCCAUGCACCCCUGUACCAAGAAGACCCGUUUCGUUAUGUGAUUCUAUAGCAAUUCCUUGCUGUCGGCCAAACCGUUGCAAGCCAUGUCCAUAUUACUGUUGCACUGAGCCUGCUGUCUGCUCACCCAAACGUUGCAGUUACCCUGGAGUUCCUGUAUGUUCUGGCUGCUGUGGACUUUGCAUGCCAGUGUGGUAACCUACAAGGAGCCUCAAACUGAACUAAUUAAGGCAUCAACGUCGUACUUUACAAGCGAGCUGUCUUUUGUACCACAGAUGUAAUCACAUGUCCAAAGUGGCUUAAGUUUGGUUACCUUGUUACCUACAAUGAAACGCUAUUAAGUCCUUUAGUACACUGUAUAUGUCUAUGUAUUGUCAGAAAUAAAUAAAUUUAUGCA